UACUCAAUGGUAAAAUAAUUGGUAAAAUUACUAUUAUCAAAUCCUCGUGGUUUGCUAAAUUUUGAUAGAAAAUCCAUUAAAUUAAGAAAUUGCACCGAAAAUUUUGUUUGUUAUUGUUAUUAUUACUCGAUUAUCCAUAUUGUUGCAUCAUUCAAUGCUUUUGUCGUAAUGGAUCUAAACGAGCAUGAACUGGCCGAAUUGGAAGAGAGGCUAUACUCCAGUAUACAUCAUGCAAGUGCCGAACCGAACAAUGAUUUGUUGAACAAAUCAGGAUUUAAGCAAUCAUCAGUAUCAUCUAAAGAAUUUAUACCGCCUCGUCAUCGCGUGGUUACUGAUAAGACUGUCAUCAAUGAAGGUCGACGAACUACUUCAAAAUUAAAACGCUAUUGGACUUCGCAACAAAAAGCUAAGCGAUAUCCCGGUAUUCAAGGUAACAAGCCAUGGAGCGGUGUAUCUGAUAUUAGGUUAGGGUCAAAUGAACAAGGUUCAUCUACAAAACAGCAAUCAUUUACACCCUAUCGGUCAAUACUUGGAACACCUACCCAGCGUUUAGGCAAGGGUGAGUCCAACAUAGAUUCAGUAGAUAUUUUUACCAAUCACGAAAAACAAAAGAAAAGAAAAAUUUUGUCAGGAGAUGACAAGAGAAUAUCUCACUUCAACAACAUGCGGAAUAGAAAAAUGGAACAGCUAAAUAAAGUUAAAGCUAAAAAGGUCAAGGCACAACGAAGUCGCCAAAAAGCGUUUGCUGAUCAGCAGCGUUUGAUAGCUACAAUAGAAAUAGACUCGUCUUCAGAAGAGGAUGGUGAAUACCGUUCACCAGACCCUAUUAAACAAGAAUUCAAAGAUGAGAACAUAGAACAUCAAGAUUUAGAGGAUUCUGACCCGGAUGAGGUGGUCGUCAUUCCAUCAGCACCGCCACCACUUGUCUGCAUAGAGAGCAGUGAUGAUGAAACAGGGAAAAAUGACUUUACUCAUCCGAAAUCUAAAAAGAAAGGAAACAUAAACAAGACUAACUCACCUCGAUGUUUAAGCCCAUCUAACAGUUCCAUCAUGUCGGAUGAUUUCAUUGCUUUAAAUGAUCGAGCUCGUUUAAAUGACAGUUAUAUCGAAGGUAUGACAAACGAUGUAGAACUCGAUUGUUCUACAAUGCCUACUGUAGGUUCCUUGCUAGCUGGCCAACGAACAAAUGCCGUCAGUGUAGCUCGUGCCCCAUCAAUCUCUUCUGAAGGGACUGUUGCUACUAACAGUGAUACCACCGAUCAAGAUAAACGCAAUAGUCCUAAUAAAGUCCCUACCUCUCCAUUACCCAAGUUAUGUUCAACACCGAAACUAAUUUUAUCAGCCCGGAAGGUUGCGAAUAGCUCCAAGGGACAGCCAACCGAAGAUGACAGUAUCUAUACUAGUACGUCGGCCAAAAAAUCGAAACUUUCUGCGGAGGAACCUCUCAGUAACUUGUCGUCAGAUGAAAGCACCGGUGGGAAUAUAUCAUCUCACUCGAAACGAUCAAAAUCUUACCACUCGGAUGCCAGCACUAGUAGCAAAAGUUUGAAAAGACGUUUACAAAAUCGAAGACAAGAUUCUGAGCACUACUCCGAUGAGGACUUUGCAUCUAUGUUAACCGAUAUUGUUCAAGCAAUUUCCGAAAAUGAAGAAGAUGAAAGUUCAGAUGGAGAAAAUAUUACUCAGAAUGAGAAACAAUCAGCAACGAAUGAAUCAAUAGAUCAGCACAAGGACAGUUCAAAUGAUAUUUUGGAAAUAAAGGAUCAGGAGCCAAACACAAUUAGUCUACCACAGGUGGAAGCAAAACAAAUUGAAGUUUUCUCUAAGCCUCCUACACAAAGCCUUAACGAUUCGGUAAUCAUAUGUAUUGACAGUGAUCCAGCACCAGUUGACAAUCAAGUUCAGAGGUCAACUAGCUAUCGAAAGGAAGAUUCGCUGAAAACAACUGAUCGCAGGGAAGAUGAGCCCGAGUAUUGUUGGAACGAUGAGAUUAGAAAGUUCUACCAUAAUUCGUGGAAUUGUGAAGAGUUCGAUGUUUCGACUGUGUUGUUUAACAUGCCCCGUUCUAGUAAAAGUUGGCCGAUCGUGCACAAAGACAAAUAUCCGGAUCCCCCAAAAAAGGAAAUUACAUGCAACAACUGCGGCGAUCGAGGCCAUAUGCGCUAUCAAUGUCGGAAUCCACCGAAACCAAGAACCUGCUACAUGUGUGGUCAAACUGGGCACCAGGAGCCACGAUGCCCCAAUACUGUGUGCCUUAAGUGUGGAGAGAAAACGAAAACUUUCCUUCGUGGGUGUCAGUCGUGCUCUCGCGAACAGAACAUGACCUGCCACCUCUGCGGAGUUCGUGGCCAUGGGCAGCGGAAUUGCCCUGACAAGUGGAGGCGCUAUCAUUCAACGAUCGAAGACAAUAAACCGCUGACGCAAAACUUUGUGCGUAAUCCAAAUGCGAAGCACUGUUGCAUUUGUUCGCGUCCUGGCCAUCAGGCUCACAUGUGCCACGCAGCGCAACAAAUUUUCGGACAACUCGUACCGACUACCGAGGUACAGAACUACCAGCCGGUGUACUACAUAAACGAACGGUACCGUCAGCAGUUUUCAAUGAAUGAACAGAAGUACAACCGGUUCAGCGAUAUGAGCGACUAUCAGUUAAAUUUCGACGAAAAGUUCGCAACGGACGAGAAAAGUUUCUAUAAUCGAUUCGCCAAAUCAGUUGGGCUGCUGGAUAAGAAAAGGCGAAAAGAGGAGAAACAAUCUCGUAGGAUGCGUCGGGAGGCUAGAAAACGUAGACAAACUGGUCAAGUAAUAACCGAAGGAGAGAAAAAUGAUAUUGCAUCUGUUUGCGAUAACGUAACGAAAGAUAUUAAUGAUUCAACCACGCAAACAAAGGAAGCAGCUCAAGAGGGUAAAGGUGAUCCACCCAAAAAUUCUAAGGAAGAUUCGAACUACAGUUUUUCAGAUUUUUUCGAACCUUCCUCCUCGAUAACACCGCAAUCUAAAACAAUUGGAUCUUUGUUGGAUUACAUACCACUAGAAUCCAGCGAAACUCCAGUUUCUAGUGAAAUUCCGUCUCUAAGCCACGAGGAGGAACAAAUAACUGACGCAAAGAUUUAUCUCACAAAACCCCACGCGAAGAUUCUGCUUGGACCGAAUGGAGCAGCCUUCCUUAAAGAUGCUUCUGCCAAGUUUUCUUUGAAGCUGAGUAUUUCGUUUCAGUCUGUUGGCAAUGUUCUGAUUGUGAAUGGCUCAUCGACAGCUCAGGACAAUUUUCACAAUGAGCUAGUAAAAUAUCUCAACGACGCAUCUCAUCAAAACGAACAAUUGAAAAAUAUAAACAAUGUUCCGAAGCUUACCGAGAAAACUAUUCUGUACAUAGUGGAACAUCUUCAGUUACUUACACGAUCAUAUUUGAAGGUGAAAAACAUUUUCAGUCGCUAUCAACAUUUUAGUGGUAACGCAAAAACCGCGGAUAAAAUUCGCCGAACGUUGAAUAUCGUUCUCUUCGGACAGUUUGGCAUGCGAGAAGGACGAUAUCACCUGAACAAACUACAGUUGUAUCUGAAAGAAUUGAAAAACAGCCAAGACCUAAGCGUAUCCAUGUCGAUGAGAGACGAGAUCAACCAGCACAUUCGUUAUAUAUUUACCGCUUACGAUCAUGCUGACUACAGUGCCAUUAUAAGCGAAUACGAAUAUCUUCGGCGUAAACAGAAGCUGGUGAAAAUAAGACCUGAAGAUUUAGAUCUCCCCAAGUGUUUAACAUACAAAAGCAGAAACACUGAUGAGUCCAGGAACCAGAGUUCUGAUGAGCACAAUCGUUCCAUUGAUUUUCUCGAGGAUGUCGAUGAAAAUCUUAUUCUCAAUACCUCCGAUCAACUACUGGAACCGAAUAGUGACCUGAUAGAGAGUUCCGAAGAACGAAGAUCAAGUGAAUCUAAAACGAUUCCAAAUGAGUCGACAUUAUCAUCUGCGUCCUCAAGCCAACAACUGAAGAUUAAAUCAACAACCAAUUCUGGGUUUAAACAACAAAAAAUCAAUGGGCUACUGAACGAGUGUCAGCAUAUGGUCAAAGUUCUCGACAAUGAUCCAAUCACUGCGAAGUUCCAGCGAAUCAUGGGUCAAGCAGUAGUGGGUCAUAUGUCUAAAACCAACUAUCGCACCUUACUCGGCAUUCACUCGAUCCUGAAAAAUAAAGUAGGUCGAAGAAUGCAGUUUAGAAAGCGUCAUUCAAGUUAACAUUGUUCGUUCUCCGCGGGACUUUUUACCUGCCGCUAACUGACAGGGUAUCAGGCGUAGGUGGUAAAGGAUGUUGUUUAUUUUUAUGGAAUAAGUAUUUGUAGUGAUAUAUGGAAUUAAGUCGUCGAUAAUAAAAUUAUAGUCUUGUAUAAA